CCCCACCCCACCUCACCUCACGGGCUUGCUCUCACCCACUGCAUCCCCCCAUCCCUCGCCACCUCUCUCUCUCUCUCUGCCUCCCGGUCUCUGGGGGAGAGCAAUGGAUCUAGUCCUCCUGGAGAAGGCCCUUCUGGGGCUUUUCGCCGCGGUGACACUCGCCAUCGCCGUCUCCAAGAUCCGGGGGAAGCGCUUCAAGCUGCCGCCCGGCCCCCUCCCCGUCCCCAUCUUCGGCAACUGGCUCCAAGUUGGCGACGACCUCAACCAUCGCAAUCUGACGGCUCUCGCGAAGCGCUUCGGCGACAUCUUCCUCCUCCGCAUGGGGCAGCGCAACCUGGUGGUCGUCUCGUCCCCCGAGCUGGCCCGCGAGGUCCUCCACACCCAGGGCGUCGAGUUCGGCUCCCGCACCCGCAACGUCGUCUUCGACAUCUUCACCGGCAAAGGCCAGGACAUGGUGUUCACCGUCUAUGGCGAGCACUGGCGCAAGAUGCGCCGCAUCAUGACCGUCCCCUUCUUCACCAACAAGGUGGUGCAGCAGAACCGCCACGGCUGGGAGGAGGAGGCCCGCCAGGUGGUGGAGGACGUCAAGGCCAACCCCAAAGCCGCCACCGAGGGGAUCGUGCUGAGGAGGAGGUUGCAACUUAUGAUGUACAACAACAUGUACCGGAUUAUGUUCGACCGGCGAUUCGAGAGCGAGGACGACCCUCUCUUCAACAAGCUCAAGGCACUCAAUGGAGAGAGAAGCAGGUUGGCACAGAGUUUUGAGUACAAUUAUGGGGACUUCAUCCCCAUAUUGAGGCCCUUCUUGAGGGCAUAUCUUAAGAUCUGCCAGGAGGUCAAGGACCGCAGGCUCCAGCUCUUCAAGGACUACUUCAUCCAGGAGAGAAAGAAGCUGGCGAGCACCAAGGGGGCAAGCAACAUGGAGCUCAAGUGUGCCAUAGAUCACAUCCUAGAAGCCGAGAGGAAGGGAGAGAUUAAUGAGGACAACGUCCUCUACAUCGUAGAGAACAUCAACGUUGCUGCCAUCGAGACGACGCUGUGGUCCAUUGAGUGGGGCAUCGCCGAGCUGGUGAACCACCCAGAGAUCCAGCGCAAGCUCCGGCACGAGCUCGACACCGUGCUCGGCCCCGGCGUCCAGAUCACCGAGCCCGACACCCAGAAGCUCCCCUACCUCCAGGCCGUCAUCAAGGAGACCCUCCGCCUCCGCAUGGCCAUCCCCCUCCUCGUCCCCCACAUGAACCUCCACGACGCCAAGCUCCGCGGCUGCGACAUCCCCGCCGAGAGCAAGAUCCUCGUCAAUGCCUGGUGGCUCGCCAACAACCCCGACAAUUGGAAGAACCCCGAGGAGUUCCGCCCCGAGAGAUUCUUGGAGGAAGAGGCCAAGGUGGAAGCCAAUGGCAAUGACUUCAGGUACUUGCCCUUCGGUGUCGGUCGCCGGAGCUGCCCUGGAAUUAUACUCGCAUUGCCAAUUCUCGGCAUCACCAUCGGCCGGUUGGUCCAGAACUUUGAGCUGCUGCCGCCCCCGGGACAGAGCAAGAUCGAUACCACGGAGAAGGGAGGGCAGUUCAGUCUUCACAUAUUGAAGCACUCCACCAUUGUCUGCAAGCCUAGAGUGUUUUAAGGUGUCACCCCCUGUUCUUGUGCUGUUCUUUUAUUUGUCUUCUCUUAGGAUUCUAAAGUGGUUGGGGAGUGAUAUGAAAAAAAACCGAAUCUUCAUGUGAUUACAUAUUUAUCUAUGGGACAUUGCAAGGACAAUCUGUCAUUUUGUACUGCAAAAUAUAUUUGAGAAAAUCAUGGGUUUACUCGUUGAAGCUCUUUUAUUUAUGGAACAUUGUUAGUUAACCCAAUAGAAUAAUGUAAGGGAUUGUUUAUUUUCUGUUGACUAAA